AUGGCUUCCCAUAUGGAUAUUCACAGGGCAGUCCGCUCUCCCGUGACUUUGUUCAUUCUACUGUCGUAUCUCAUGAUGAUCCCAGGCGUCUUGGCGAUGAAUUUUGUGUCCCGUGAAGAGUGGAAGGCACGCGCGCCAAAGGAAGCCUACAAACCAAUCACGGAUGCCAAGGGCGUGAAGAACCAACACAUGGACGAAUCGCCAGAGGAUUACUUUGACAUUGCCUACAAUCUUGCAGUUUGCGAACAUGGCUACAUUUUCGAUGGCCGUGGAAAGGGCCAUCGCAGUGGCGCCAAUGGAAAUGUCCAGUUGAACUCGGAUCAUUAUGCUGUUCUCGCCUUUCUGGGAAAGCAAGGUGUCACGGAGCCUAGCGAUGCGCAGAUUACUGGGCUGCAGGAUUCGAUCGCAUACCUUCGACGCGCUGGGGCGGGUGAUGAGAUUAAGGGUCACCGAGAUGGUUACAAUACCGAAUGUCCUGGCGGUCCGCUAUACAAAUUGGUUAUUGAUGGUAGCCUGGACCCUGGUACACUGUGGGAUGGAGGGUCUCAUACAGUCCAGAAGGGAGAGGACUUGGAUACUAUAAGCUCCAAGUACAAUGUGCCGAAGCAGCAUAUCAUUUCCGCGAAUGAUCUUCAGUCCCCCUACCAUCUUACUGUCAAUCAGACCAUAGAGGUUCCUGCUCGCGGUGUGCCGCUCCCCCAGAGUGACAAUCGAUAA